AUGGAUGACGAGAUUUAUUGCAUUGACUUUUAUGCGAGUACAAGAAUAUUGCUCUAUGGUGGAAAAAAUAAUAAGUGCAUUGCGAUGAAUGUAGAUACUGGGGAUGUGGUAGCAGUUGUGGAGGAUUUUGAUGAUUCAGUGGUAUUUUGUAAGUUUUUGGAUUCUGAGAAGUUUAUUGUUGGGUCUUUGGAUGGAACAAUUUCGCUUAUGACGUUUGAGGGAGAGAUCAAUAAUGUCUGUUUAAACGAGGACAUUGCAAGGAUGAAGAUUAUAGGGGACAAGGUUGUAGUUGGAACAGAAGUAGGUAAUAUUCAUGUGUUCAGCCUUGACUUGUGCUUUCAAAAUGUAUGUAUUGGACAGCAUAGUGAAAUACUUGAUAUGUGCUAUGAGAAUGGAAAGCUUUAUACUUUAACUGCUGACUCGUUCGUGAUGUUUGAUUCAAAUACACAUCAGAAGCUGACUGGAUUCAAGAUUAAAAACGGGCUUUGUCUGGACAAGAUUCCUGAGAGUGAUGUUAUAUGCAUAGGAUCAGAAAACAUGGUUGUGAUAAGCAAGAACAUGAAUAUUUUGGCAAAGAUAGAAGUUGAAGGAUUACCUCUUUGUGCAUUGUAUAUGAACAACUACUUUGUGAUUGGAGGAUGUUUUGAGUAUAUUUUGCUUGUUAACAUUCCAAUGGGUAUGCGAGUGUUCAAGAUACCUCUUGGAACGAUUGAGGUAUGGGACAUAAGAGGAGACGGAUUGAAUCAGAUUGUGUUUAGCACAUCUUGUGGACUUGUUGGGCAUGGAGACAUCAGAGAUGAAAAGAGCUUUAAGCUGUUCAAAACAGAUCUUAGAUCCAUUUUUGAUCUGUGUUUUAAGGACCAAGUGGUUUAUGCUGCAGGAGAAAACGGAUACAAUGUGAUUGAUUUAUGUGACACCGAUGGUUUAGAGUGUAUUGGACAAAGGUAA